UCAAGUCAAUAACGUUAAGAUACUGUCUACAUGGUCUGAUGUUCACUUGGUCAAACGAGAGGAGAAAAUGUGGAUCGUGCUUCAUCUGCUGCUCCUGCUCCAAAGUGGAGCAAGUACAGGUGCCUACAACUUUUCCACUCAGACUUUUGGACCUGGACAAAGUGUCUCUCUUGCAUGUUCCUACAAGGAUAUCAGAACUCCGACGUACUUAAUUUGGAUGCGAUUUGUUUCUGGAAUCUUUCCUGAAAUUUUAUAUAGAACGUAUACUUACGAUUCAGGCUCUGUUGAACAUGGAACAUCAACUACUGCACAUCGCAUCACAGCCAAAAAAGAACAAGGAACAUUUCUUCUGCAAAUUAGUCCAGUAGAGAAAAGUGAUACUGCUAUCUACUACUGUUUAAAAGUGAAAUCAGGUCAACUCUCUUUUUUGAAAGGAACAUUCCUUCAGGUCACAGAACCAGAACCCUCCGUGUCCGUUGUCUCUGAAGUCCAACCAGGACCGCCUGUGAAGUUGCAGUGCUCAGUCCUCUCCCACUCUGGGAAUGACAUCUGUCAGGAUGGACACAAAGUGUCCUGGUUCAGAACUGGACCAGAAAGUGUCCAUCCCAGCUUUGUUUACGCUCAUGACGAAUGCAAGGAGAUCAAAGAUAAUUCCACACAGAAAUGUGUCCACACUUUCUCAAAGAACGUCAACUCCUCUGAUGCUGGAACUUACUUGUGUGCUGUGGUCACAUGUGGGAGGAUGUUCAUGGGAAAUCCAAUACAAGUCAACAACACCCAAGAUUCCAGCAGCUGUGAUUCAAACAACUAUUUGUUCUUUGUCUCGAGUGCUUCUUUGGUCUUAAACUUCCUCUUGUCGGCUUUCCUCAUCAAAAAGAGUAGGAAUAAAAUCAGUUUUUGCUGCAAAGCUGGUCCACAAACACUCGAUGAAACGUUCAGUCGCGUCCAGCAGAGAGACGAGUACACUUUGGUAUAUUUCAAGCCGACCAUUGUCUCCAGGAAAACUGGCAGAGCGAGGCAGACAAAUACGAGGGCAGCAGAGUAAUUCAGCACGUACACUGACGUGUGUCUUCAUGACUCAAUUCUUACCACACAAAAUUAAAAUUUGUCCUGAUACACAUUCUGUUUAUUGUACACGUUCUUAUACUUUUUCCCUGUGAGAAAAUGUUAACCGAGACACAGAGAUGAGGUAAGACUAAUAAGCUCUGCAUCUUCCUGCUCCCAUUUUAUGUGAGUCUAAAAGUGAUCAUCUUCUUGUCAAACAUGUUUAAAUAAAUUAUUCCAAUACUGCAAA